GCCAUGAAUGAGCUGGCGGCGAUCAAGACUCGAGUGGUGUGGAUGUUGUCAAGCGACAACUAUGCCACCGCCCAAGACCAUGGGCUGGACCGGCAGUCCUUGAACAUCGCCCUCCCGCCGACGCCCAGAACACCUGGAGAGGCGCGUGACAGCCUUCAGGCAGGGCCUGGUUCUUUCAACUUACUAAAUAAGUUCAUGCAGCGGCAGAUCGCGGAGUUCGCCCAGUGGGAGGCGUUAUACGCCUUCCACACUCCCGAGCUCGCGAUCUAUGCCAGGUAUGUUCAGUCAGCGACGACCGUUCCCUGA